GAGAGGUGGUGGGGUCCGUCCCGCCCGCUGCGCGCGGCGGCAGCAUCUCGCCACCCAAUCCGCACCCAAAUCUCGCGUCGGCGUCCCUCGAAAAAGCAGCCGCCGCACGCCACUUCGCGUCUCGGCCAGCCGCCGGCGCGGGAGAGCAAGGGUCAAGGGGGGUCUCAGCUGCGCUCAAGCAGUAGGAGCUCGCGGCCUUCGCCCGAACCCCCCUCCCCGCUGCCCCCCCCCCCCUACCAUGCGCGUCUCCGACCGCGACGACCUCCCGAGUACCGCGCCCAGCUCCAGCUCCCAGCUCACGUCCCCAGAUGGCGAGCCGCGACAAGGUCGGCUGCCCCGCGGCCACGCUGCCCCUCGACCGCCUCCUGGCCACGCUCGCCGCCAACGCGGAGCAGCUGGGGAAGAGGUGGGAGAUCGCCGUCCGCGACCGGAGGGCCAGAGCGGCCGAGCGGAGGAUGGAGGCGGACACGGCGCCGCCGGUGCAGCUGCACACGCCGCUCUUCUACGCCACCUGCGCCCUCGGCGGGGUGCUCAGCACCGGCCUCACCCACCUCGCAGUCACGCCGCUCGACCUCGUCAAGUGCAAUAUGCAGGUUGACCCCAGCAAGUACAGGGACAUCUCUUCUGGCUUUGGUGUGCUGCUCCAAGAGCAGGGUCUCGGUGGGUUCUUCAAAGGCUGGAUGGCCACGCUGGUUGGGUAUAGCAGCCAGGGAGCCUGCAAGUUUGGUUUCUACGAGUACUUCAAGAAGUGCUACUCGGACAUUGCUGGCCCCGAGAAUGCUGACAGGUUGAAGACCGUCAUCUACCUCGCUGCAUCGGCGUCGGCAGAGGUAAUUGCAGAUUUAGCUCUCUGCCCCAUGGAAGCCGUCAAGGUUCGGAUCCAGACGCAGCCUGGAUUCGCUCGAUGCCUAACCGAUGGGCUUCCGAAGCUUGUCCGGUCCGAAGGUGCCUUUGGGCUUUACAAGGGGAUAGUUCCUCUUUGGGGCCGACAAAUUCCUUACACCAUGAUGAAAUUUGCUUGCUUUGAAACCAUUGUUGAGAUGGUGUACAAGCAUGCUGUCCCAAAACCAAAAGAUCAAUGCAGUAAACCACUCCAGCUAGCAGUGAGUUUUGCAGGGGGAUACAUUGCUGGAGUCCUGUGUGCUGCUGUCUCUCAUCCCGCAGACAACCUGGUGUCUUUUCUCAACAACGCAAAGGGAGCCACUGUGGCAGAUGUAAGUUGCAAGUCCUAUCCCAGCUAUAACAACCAUUGGGCUGUGGGGCCUUUUCACUCGUGGCCUUCCGCUCCGUAUUAUCAUGGUGGGCACUCUUACUGGAGCGCAAUGGGCAACAUACGACGCGUUUAAAGUAUUUGUUGGGCUACCAACCACUGGAGGAGUCAGCUCUAGUUGUCAUGCUGCCACUACUUUUCACCGAGUAGAUCAUGAGAAGCAGAACUGACCGCACCGGAGAAGGUCUUGUGCUGAGCUAUCUGUAACCGGAGUAGAUGUAUAAACCGGCACCCCGGGAGCUGCUCUGGUUCUUGCAAGAGCUCCAGCAUCGGAGGAUGAAGUGUUAAAUGUACACUGUGACGGUUUCUUUUAGCUGGUUAGGAGAUUUCACUUUCAAGGGGUUUUUGUUUGUUGCUACCCCUUGGACGUUGGAGAACUUACAAGGAACGAAACAAAGCUUCAGAGAUUGAUUUGUCUGCUGCAUUGGUGUAAUCAUCUGAAUAUAUUUUGCA